AUGCUGCUCUGCCUCACCCUGCUUCUCCUGAUGGGGCUGUCUGCUUGCACUGUGGCAGGUGACGAGGAACUGGCACUUGAUGCUGAAGCUGGGUCCUGGGAAGAUGUUGUCCCCAGCAUUCAGCUCCAGCUCUGGGAAGUGAAGAGGGGCAAAGCGAGCCAGUUCUUUGGACUGAUGGGGAAGCAGGUGGGAGGUGAGUGA